UUCUUUCUCCUUCGUCCCUCUCCAUCCCCUUUCCUUCUCCUGCAGCGCCAUACCACCGGCAAUUGCAAGCACGACUGCUUGGGUCCGCCGCCUCAUCCGUGCUCGACUGCAAGCACCCACGAGGCACGUGCUUUGCCUCCUCCAGAUCCACGAAGUGAGGCAGAAAGAAAUAUGACAUCGAUGAUUCAAGGUGCCUUCACAAGCAAGUGCACUACAAGACACGGGAAGAAGGUCCUCCCAUGACCUCUCGCCGCCGAGCUCGACCGCAAGGAGCUCGCGGAUGCAUGUUCAUCUCCCCCCAACCUAUAAGGCUAGAUAUUGUUACAGAUCUAACCAGGAUAACUACACUUCCAUGGAACUGUACUUCUCGCCAUGUUGUUUUCAGCCAAAGCGUUGGAGUUUCCCAUAUUUUUGGUACAUGCGGUGGAAGUGAUCUUAGCGACUCUCAGCUCAGCAAGCAGCGUGGUUUCCGCAUGAUAGGACUGAACGUCUCUUGGCCAUUGUACGAUCUGAAAACUGCUCUAUUGUUUGUUAUUGGGGUUAGCUGAAUGUCUAGAAGAUGCGUGAUAUGAUUACUUAAACAACCAGGAUGUACAUGUAACAUUUUAGCCUAGCAGAACCUUGAGACAAAGCUUGAAGUGAGGACACCUGUAGAUCUGUCAAGCAUAUAUUUUUUGCAAGAUGUACAUGUAGUCUUUAAGGCUAGCAGAACCUUCAUAUGUCCAAACUUUGUAUAUAGUUAUAUCUGAUGACAUAUUGAUGUGAAGAUUAAUUGCUCUCAAUUAGCUAGAUUAUGGAUGUAGUAGUUCCAUAUGUUUGUCAGACAUGAAAAAACGUCAGGAAUUGUUGUUGUAUAGUAAUAAUUAUAAUUACUGAUCAUUUA